CUCGCUAGGUUUGCCAAACCAGCUCCCCAAACGGGACUUUAAAAAAAAAAGCAAGAAGAAAAGAAUUUUUGAAAUUCCCUUUUUGACCUUUUUCUUCUUCAAUGGCUUCAUCGUCAAAAACAAAAUCUAGUUCUAAUAAGUUAAACGCAGCGUUUUCAUCUCCUUCACCAAACUUUGCUUCUUCCACAAGCUCUUCCACUUUUUUCAAUAAACCACACACUCAAACUCACACUCACAGCCAUCAUCAUCAUCAUCGAUCGGCUUCACCUACACGUGUCAACCUCUCCACCGGUUCACUCUCCAACUUCCGGUUUUCCAUCGAUCAACGGUCCAUUUCUCCAAACCGAACCGUUCCAAGCCACGUCAUCAGCAAGAAGAAUCACCACCACCACCAAAAGAAAACAUGCAUGUGUUCACCAACGACGCACCCUGGUUCGUUCCGUUGCAGUCUACACAAGAACAUCGGUUCGAAUUCACUUCCGUCGAAUCGGCUCAACAUGCGUAGGUCAGCGAUGAAGAAUUCACUGGUGAGAAUCGGUGGAGUUGAAGGCGAGUGGGUGAAACGCGCGUUAACCGCUUUGAUUCGUCCUUCUUCGCAUCAACAGAAGAGGCGAAACGCGUUUGAACCUAGAUCGAGUCGGUUAUCCGUCAUGUCAAAGGCUGAUGAGUGACGAACAAGAUCUGUGAAUGUUUUCCUCUUUUAAUUGCAGGUUCCAUUUUGAUUCGCCGCCGGUCUCCUUGCCGGUGUUUGAAAUCGCCGAUCAAAUCAAACCGCCGCGGAGCGCUAUGGAAGAUUCCGUCACUGAUCUGUGAAACUGGAUUCCUAGAAUUGCAUUUUGUACAUGAAAUUUGCUAUGGAUUAUUAUGGAAGGAGAAUUUUGGACUGUUUUUGUCAACUGAAAGUUAAAUUAAAAAAAAUUAAAAAAGAACGAAAUAUGAUAACAUUUUGGAUUGAAAUUGUUUAAAUUCAAAUUAAUCAACAAGUGAUGAUGGAUCAAGAUGUGUAUGUUCAUUUUGUUAUGCUUGCCGUCAAACUAUCGUUAUCGUUUCCGUCGUUUGUUACGUCGAAUUGCGGUUCCGUUGCCGCCGUGAUGUCGCCGUUAUCGUUCGUCCAUAUGCUUUGCGUUUGGUGCAAGGUGUUUGGUGCAGGGGCGUUAGCAUACACAAAGUAUUUUUCUUAUUUAAAAUAAGGAGGAGGAAUUUACAAUUGACUUUGACCCCUUCUUUGUGCACUUGGUUUAGAAAUAUUUGACCGGAACUACAGUACAAAUAUUAGAUAGAAAACUAUAUGAAAAUACAUAAAAGGGAUUAAAAAUAAAAUUGAAAAUGUUAACAAAAAAGAAUUUUGAAAAUAGAAAUGGUAGUAUGGAAUAAGUGAUACUAUACUGUAAAAUAUACUGCAAAAUAAUCUAAACUGGGAACUCGUUAUGGACAGAUACAGCUAGCUUCAACCUAUAUUUAUGCUCUUAGAGCAUAAAUAUAGGGGGUGGUAUUUGCCACAUGUACCACUUGUGUCAUAAUAGUAUGGAUAAUUGAAUGCAAAUGGUGUAGUAUUACAUAACCACCAUAUCCAAAUAAUGCUACGGUGCUUUUCAAUUUUUUAGUGUAUAUUGUGUGAUUAGUGGGACCCAUUUUAAGUUUUUAGAUGGGUAGUAUGGAUAUUUACAAAUUUUAAUUAGUGGUUUAAAUAA